AUGGAGCAACUUGCAGCAGGGGUGAAGAAUGGCCCAUUGGCGAUUCUCACCACUGAUGUAUCACACAUCUCCUUUGGCCGCCUGGCCCCCUAUAUCCUGGCUGGCCUUGCAGCAUAUCCAGUGCUAUGCUCGUUUCUCCGUUUUCGCAAGAUGCGAUGGCUCCAUCGCAAGUACAAUUUCCCAACCCGCGAGUCCCUUGCUCGCAUGACCAAUGACGAAGCGUGGGAAAUUCAAAGGGUUCUAUUGCAACAGGAGUUCCCUUUCUUCUUCAUCAAAGCGCUACAAUUUGCGCUAUUCAGGACGUACGGCAUCCCCACUAUAUCCGGCCUCCUGACAGCGACGAGCCAACUCUCAAAACCUGAGACAUCCCUCAAACGCUACACUGAUACCAGCGCCCUGAUUCAGGAAUUCAUGGGAAAUGCCCCCUCCUCAGAGCGCGCCUGCACUGCGCUCGCGCGCACCCGCUUCCUGCACACUGGGUACCGCGCCGCAGGCAAAAUCCAAGAAGACGACAUGCUGUACACGCUCGGGCUCUUCGCCAUCCAGCCGGUGCGGUUCAUCGAAAAGUUCGAAUGGCGCACGUUCAGCGACAUGGAGAAAUGCGCCAUGGGUACCUUUUGGAAGAGCAUCGGUGACGGACUGGACAUCAGCUACGAGAACCUCCCGUCAAGCAAGACGGGGUUUCGCGACGGCCUCCACUGGUUGGAGGAGAUCAUGGCCUGGAGCGACGAGUACGAAGUCCGAAGCAUGCUUCCGGACAUGAAGAACCGCGAGACGGCCGACCAGACCACCGCCGUGCUGCUGUACAUGAUCCCCGGCCCGUUGCAGCAUAUCGGGCUGAAGUUUGUCUCGUUCAUGAUGGACGAUCGUCUACGGAAAGCCAUG